AUGCAGCCAAGAGACUUCCAAAGAAAUUACUCACCUAGCCAAAAUGGACGGGUGGUGUACCUGCUGUAUGAAAUCAGAUGGAAAGGAGGUUCCAUCUGGAGGAACUGGUGCUCAAACAAUCCUGAACAACAUGCUGAAAUCAACUUCUUGGAAAAUCGCUUCAAUGACAGGCCACAAACUUCUUGCUCUAUCACCUGGUUCCUUUCAACUAGUCCCUGUGGAAAGUGCUCCAAAAGGAUUCUGGAAUUCCUGAGGUCACACCCUAAUGUGACCUUGAAAAUAUAUACAGCCAAGCUGUUCAGGCACUACGAGAUCCGGAACCGACAAGGUCUCCGCAACCUGAUAAUGAAUGGAGUGGCUGUGCAUAUCAUGAAUCUUGAAGAUUACAGUUACUGCUGGACAAAUUUUGUUGCACACCAACCUGGAGAAGUUCAUUAUCAGCCCCAGAACAUCACUGUACACUUCUUUCUGAAUUGCAUGGAACUCUUCCAUAUCUUUUUGGGGCUUCCUCCACUUCUGUGAAACUGAAUGCUAACGAGCAUCACCACCAUGCUUUCAAGCUCA